AUGUGGAGCCGUGGGUUAACAUUUGUCCGAAACAGCUUGGCGAAUCAGAGCUGCCGUUUUUCGGUUGCAGCUUCAGGUAGUACGACAGAAAUCGAUGAUUUUCUUCAUUCAAUCAAUACUACAACUGUUCAGGUCCCCUCUAAAAAUACCAGAACGUUAGAGACAGCUACGGAGUUCUUUCGUUGGUUAGAUCAGAAUCCGGUGAAGUCCAUUAAUCACUUUAUCAACGCGGCUCAAAUGUCCAUCACAGUAAGAGCAGAUGACCAGAAAAAAGUGUUUGCAAUGGUCGAGAAAAUGGCAAACAACAUUCUUCCAACCUGUUAUGACAAAUUUGGAGUGCUCGAAAUAGUUGAUUCCCUGAGAUUCCUAUUGCAAAUAAACCCGAAAAGCAAAGUAGUAAACGACGUUCAAAAAUUAUUUUUAGAAAAAGGCAUCACAUCCGCUGAUCUUCAAGAUGUUCCAUUCAACACUAUUGUUAUGUUCAUUCGAUACUCUGAUUCCUCAGUCAACGAAAAAAUUCUCAACAUUCUCGCGGACGCUUUGAUUCGUAGAAUUGAAAAAGAACUUGGAAAUUCUUCUGAUCUACUAGCAAUUUUAGCUGGAAAAGGAUACGAAAAGUCGAAAUGGUUUCACAAUGCAAAAUUUGUUGCAGCUGCAGAAAAACUUGUUAGAGUUAUGGGAACGCCUGAGAAGUGUGCCCUUCUUAAAAUAAUGGGAAACCAUAAACAAAGGAACAAGUUGCUACUUAAUACAAUUGUCAACUCCAUAUCUUAUUCAAACGAAUGUUUGUCUGUGCCCCAAAUUGUUAGUGUCACAAGUUCCUGCUCUUCUCUGACAUUCUAUCCUCCAAAGAUUGCCAGAAAAAUUUCCGAAGAUUUGGAAAAGAAUUCUAACGUUCUUAGUGCUUGGGACGAUAUAGUCGCUAUCGCUGAUGCAUUUGUAAGAAUGAGAAUGGGUGAUGAAAAGUCGUGGAGUUUGCUAGUUCGGUGGGCUGCAGAGAAUGUGAAGCAAGCCAAUGUCGGACAGUUAAGCAGAUUUGUGUCCGGACUUGCCAGAGUAGGAGAACCAUCUGGAAAGCCUCUAGCAGCUGCACUGAAACCAUUGUUAGCCCGAGAGAAAACAUCAACACCUACUUCAUGGCUCAAUAUUGUAUACUCUCUUGCAUACUUCCAUGAACUUGAUGCCAAACACGCUGACUCAGUUUUGAAUCAAAGUUUCGUCGAUCAGAUAAUGAACUCGACAAUGGAAAUUCACGAUCGUCUGCGGAAGGCAAUCACUUUACUGAUGAUUAGUUCUGCAGCAAAAAUUGAUAUGCAAGGAGAAUACAAAGGUCCGACUGUCAAAAAGGAAACGUUCGCUCGGUUUGGAAUUAAUUUCGAUGCGAAAACCAUUAGAAAUGCACGACAAUUAAAGUACUCUAGCGAUCACAAAGAAUGCGAUGAAAUUUUUCUCAAAACACUGUUCAAGAUAGCUCCACAAGAUACUCAUUGUCAGCUUCCUAAUGUGGAAGAAUGCGGAGCUUUUGUUGAUGUUUACGUAAUGCCCGAUCCGGAAACUGAGCUCCUCGUCAGUACGACACAAUGGGGCUCUAGAAAACCUCGUCCAAUUUUCUUCUAUGGAUGGAUGCAGACAAAACAGAACACGGAGAUGGAAUCUAGUGAAUUAAAAAUCCUUGGCCAAGAACAGCUAGGGCUUCGUUUGAUUCGAGCUAACGGCUAUGAUCCAGUGGUUGUAUUCAAGUCAGAAUUCGAUUACUGUGCGACUGAUAUAGAAAAAGUGAAUAUGUUGCGGAAUAAAAUUCAUAAAGCUAUUUAA